UGCUGUAGAGUCUGUUUAACCUGUUACUGGGUGUUUCAGGGCACAAAAACGCAGAGGGAGUGAAAGAGGACACGCCCUCGACUCGAAUCCUCCGCAACACAAGUUUGGAGAGGGAAGAGCCAGUAACUCUGGGAUAAGUUUAGUCCGGGUUUGCCCGUUCGAGCGAGCAGUCCAGUUUCAGCGCCAACUCCGAAACAUGUCGCAAUCACACAAGAGGAAACCCAAAGAGCCCAGAAAGGAGGGUACUAAGUCUGAUUCGGCUAAAUCAAAACCAGGAGCCAGCAUGACUACACGAUCAUCAGAGCAAGGAAAAACAAAAGCCAGUGAACCUGGUAAAGUUGACAGUUCUAAACCAAUGAGCUCGACUACCAAGACAUCGGGAAAGCCAGGAGCUGCAGGAACACACAAAUCGGCAGACUCAUGCAAGUCCAAGACUACAUCUGGUUCCUUGGCUGCAUCUAGUGGAGCAAAGCAGAAACAGCCACAGUCCACAGCUACCCAUCAGAGCAAAAUGGGUCAGAAGGCGACCACUACUUCUAAGCUGGACACAAAGGAAAGAACACUUCCAGCAAAAGUGACAGGCACUUCACUUCACAAAAACAAUGACUCAAAGACUCAGAAAACUAAGCAAUCCUGCAGGACAGAUCCAGAAAAUGCCACCAGUCUGCCUUUCAAAGAGGACUUACUGCAGAAGCACUUAGAGGAUGUAAUGAAGAUAAUAAGAGAGAUGAAAAGUCAGAUUGUGAGUGAAGUGACCUUCAUGAUUGAAGAACAGAUAAGCCACCUAAAAGCAACCAUUGUCAAGUCUUUGGAAAAUGCAAGCCUUGAGCAGAAGCAAGCAGUAAUUGCACCACUGAAAACGGUAUCAGAGAUUGAGGAUGGCAAACCAAUGUUGAGUGCCAUGGAACAGCUCUUGGAGCCAUUUCCAUCUCAGGGACCAGAUGCUCCAGUUGCCAAGUGCACUGGGCCCGCAGCGAAGGGUAAAGAUCCACUCGACCUACUUGCAGCAACUCUUCCAUCCGAGGCUCCUGACGACUCAGCUCCAAAAUACACUGGCCCGGAAGUGAAGGAAUCCGAUGUGACGAAGAAGAAAGGUGAACGAGUAGGAGAACAUGAAGACACGAUACCACCUGAUUACAGAUUUAAGGAGCAGUCUGAUCCUAAGGAUAAGGGUAAACCGGCAUCUUCCUCUGCUGGUCCAGGAGCUAAACCAAAGGUAACAGAGAAGGGUAUGACAGAGCGUGACGUCCUGGAGUCUCUGUCGGCUGACUUCGUCCAAAGCUCUGCUGCUCCAGUUUCAAAAUGCUCGGCUGAGGUUUCUCACUCUACACAGAAGCAGGCACCCUUGCAAGCUUCAGCGGCUGCCUCUGUGUCAGCAAGUCAACCUGGUGCCAAGGAUAAAGAUGCAUUUGACCUGCUCGCAGAAACACUCCCAUGUGAAGCUCCAGACCAGUCAGCUCCCAAGUACACUGGGCCAGAAGUGAAGGAAUCGGAUGUAACCAAGCAACAUGUUGAACGAAUGGGAGAUCGAGAUGACACACUGCCACCUGAUUACAGAUUUAAAGACCUGCCUGAUGGGAAGGAUAAAGGACAGCUGCCUCCUUCUACUGAUCCAAAAUCAAAGACUUUGACAGAAAGCGAUGUCCUGGAAUCGUUGUCAGCUGAUUUUGUCCAAAGCUCUCCGGCAACAAUUUCAAAAUGUUCGGCUGCACCGCCCUCUCUGCAGCAGCAGGCACCUCUGCAAGCUUCAACGGCUGCUUCGGUUUCUGCGAGUCAACCUGGUAAGAAGGAUAAAGAUGCACUCAACCUGCUUGCACAGACCCUCCCAUCAGAAGCACCAGACCAGUCAGCUCCCAAGUACACUGGUCCUCCAGUGAAGGAAUCAGAUUCAACUAAGAAGAAGGGUGAACGAGUGGGAGAAGGAGAGGACUCAAUACCGCCUGAGUACAGAUUUAAAGAGCAGCCAGAUAUGAAGGGCAAAGUGCAACCUGCGUCUUCUGAUAGCCCAGCAGCAAAACCAAAGACUAUGUCAGAAGGCGAUGUCCUGGAGUCGUUGUCAGCUGACUUUGGUCAAAGCUCUCGGGCAACAAUUUCGAAGUGUUCGGCUGCAGUUUCCCACUCUGCAGCGCCGCCCUCUCUGCAGCAACAGGCACCUCUGCAAGCUUUAACAGCUGCCUCAGUCUCUGCAAGUCUUCCUGGUGGUAAGGGUAAAGAUCCACUCGACCUACUUGCAGCAACUCUUCCAUCCGAGGCUCCUGACGACUCAGCUCCGAAAUACUCUGGCCCGGAAGUGAAGGAAUCGGAUGUAACUAAGAAGAAGGGUGAACGAGUUGGAGAGCGAGAAGACACAAUUCCACCUGAUUACAGGUUUAAAGAGCAGCCUGGCUCUAAGGGUAAACUGGCUUCUUCCUCCACUGGUACAGGAGCAAAACCAAAGGCCAUGACAGAAGAUGAUGUCCUGGACUCUCUGUCGGCAGACUUUGUCCAAAGUUCUCCAGCUCAGAUUUCAAAAUGCUCAGCCCCAACAGCUCAUGCUGCAGCACCACCCUCUGUGCAGAAUGAGGCACCCCUGAAGGCUUCAACAGCUGCCCCAGUUUCUUCGAGUCAAGCCGGUUCCAUGGGUAAAGAUGCUUUCGACCUCCUUGCGGAUACUCUUCCAUCGGAAGCACCGGACAAUUCGGCUCCCAAGUACACUGGCCCUGAAGUAAAGGAAGCAGAAGUUACUAAGAAGAAGGGUGAACGAGUGGGAGAACGUGAAGACACCAUACCACCUGAUUACAGAUUUAAAGAGCAGCCUGAUCCUAAGGGUAAAGCCAGCUUGGGCCCUUCCAUCACUGAUGCAAAAGCAAAACCAAAGGUUUUGUCUGAAAACGAUGUCCUGGAGUCUCUUUCUGCAGAUUUUGUCCAAAGCUCUGUUGCUCCAAUUUCAAAAUGCUCGGCUACAACAUCACAGUCUGCAGCACCGCCCUCCGUGCGGAAGGAGGCCCCAUUGAAAGCCUGUACAGCUGCCUCAGUGUCUGCAAGUCAAACUGGUGCUAAGGGUAAAGAUCCACUCGACCUACUUGCAGCAACUCUUCCAUCCGAGGCUCCUGAUGAUUCAGCUCCGAAAUACACUGGCCCAGAAGUGAAGGAAUCAGAUGCAACAAAGAAGUUGAUUGAACGUGUGGGAGAAGGAGAUGAUACAAUACCACCUGAUUAUAGAUUUAAGAAGGAGCCUGAUUCAAAGGACAAAGGUAAACCAGCCUCAUCCAUCACUUCUCCAGGAAGCCAACCAAAGGGUAUGACAGAGGGUGACGUCCUGGAGUCUCUGUCGGCUGACUUCGUCCAAAGCUCUGCUGCUCCAGUUUCAAAAAGCUCGGCUUUAGUUUGUGAGACUGCACCCCCGCCUUCAAUGAAGAAGCAGGAACCUCUGAAAGCUUCUUCAAUAUCUGCGUGUCAGAGUGGUGUUAAGGAUAAAAACCCAUUAGAUCUGCUUGCAGCAACCCUUCCAUCAGAAGCUCCAGACAAUUCUGCACCCAAGUACACUGGCCCGGAAGUGAAGGAAUCUGACUCUUCCAAGAAGAAGGCUGAACGUGUGGGCGAAACGGAAGAAUCCAUACCUCCUGAUUACAGAUUCACUGAGCAAGUUGAUCCAAAGGAUAAAGGCAAAAGCAAACUGCCCUCCUCUGCCACUGGUGCAGGAACAAAACCAAAGACUAUGCCAGAAAGUGAUGUCUUGGAGUGUCUGUCAGCUGACUUUGCCCAAAGUGCUCCAGCAACUAUUUCAAAAUGCUCGGCAGCGCCGCCCUCUCUGCAGCAACAGGCACCUCUGCAAGCAUCAACAGCUGCCUCGGUCUCUGCCAGUCUACCCAGUGCUAAGGAUAAAGAUGCACUUGACCUGCUCGCAGAAACACUCCCAUCGGAAGCACCGGACAAUUCAGCUCCCAAGUACACUGGGCCAGAAGUGAAGGAAUCAGAUGCUUCGAAGAAGAAGGCAGAGCGUGUGGGAGAAAUUGAAGAAUCCAUACCCCCUGACUACAGAUUCACUGAGAAAGCAGAUCCAAAGGAUAAAGGUAAACCAACCUCUUCAGUCACAGGUCCAGGCGCCAAGCCAAAGAUACAGACAAUGGCCGAAGUGGUAGAUAGCCUUUCAUCAGAUUUCAACACUUCCUCUUCAGCUUCACAUUCUGUGGCACCGAACUCCCAACAGAAAGAGACUGCUGCUAAAUCUGACACGAAGAAAGCUCCUAAACGCUAAAGCUAUCAAAACAGCAAUGUCACUUUUACUCCUGCCAAUCUGCUGGGAAUAUUCCAGAAUCUAGGGAAUUAUGGAAGAUUAUGAUUAAUACAUCUUCGUCUCUGCAGUCAUCUCUAUUUUGAACCCUGCGAUAUCGGCUGUAAGGGGGUUUGUUGGGUUGUGGCCUUUUUAAUCUCUCUAAUCUCAGCCAAAAAUGCUGAUGUUGAUCUAACUUGUAAUUAUCUUUUCUGUUGCUUGUACAAUGAUUUCUUAUCUGUCAACUUAAUAUGAAAAGUUAAUUUACAUUUAAAGUAAUACAUUUUAACCCUUGCUUAUACAGCAACUAACACUGAUAAUUCUAUCCAGGCAUUUGUUACUUAAUCCUCUGUCCCAUGCUGUUUAAUGCCUUACUUAGCAUAACUGUUUGCCGCUCUCUCACAUAUUUGCGUAGUGUUUCUGAGGGCUAUUCAACAGCUACAUUUUGAAAGGAUGAAACUGACAUUUGCAUUACUCUGAUCAAAACCGUAUCAACUUAUUUUUGACAUUUCUUCCCCAUCUCUCUGUCUUUCUCUCUCUCUCACUCUAAUACUUUUCAUACUAAGACCAGAAAAUGCUCAGAAGGAACUGUAGAAUUGUUAGGGUAUGAUAUAUCCUCAGUGCAUCCCUGUACAUACCAUCAGGACAGCAGGAAUCUCUUAGUGUUUACUUACUUCUGUCAUUUCAAUUUAAUGGCACGCCUUCUUCCUUUGCAGGUCCUGGUUUACAAACUGACCACUGUGCAAGUUUUACUUUUCAUUGGGAAUAUGCUUCUGUAUGAAUGUCUGUGGUUUCUAAUCAAGUUUCCAAAGAGCUGCUGUAUCACUUUAUGGGGAGAUAAUGAACAACACCUUUGAGAAUAACUUUAACUUUGACACUUGGCUUUAUGGCAUUGUAUGAAAUGUUACAUGCUCUCUGAAGAUUGUUAAACUGGAUUUAUAUAUUUAAAAUACUUUUUUCUAAGUGGGAAGGAUGGUAUAUUUGUAGGAAAUGUUUACCACUAAUGUAUACUGUAAAAAGUUGAAGUUCAGUUCAAUUUCUUUCUGAACUACACACAGUAUUGAAUUCCUUUCCCUGGGAACUGUCUAUGCCUGAAGCAGUCUGUUCACAACCUUGAUGUUACCUUUGAUCCGAGGAGAAGCUUCUGCCAACGUAGCUGCAGCAUGGCCUAAUAUUGUAACUGUCUGACUCCGCCCUGCCUCAGCUUUGUUGUCCCUGGAACCAAUUCUUCUCCCCGGUUAGUUUCUGUCUUCCAAUUUACUAAGAUUUUAGCUCACUGUAAACGCAUUGCCCAUCAUUGUAACUCGUCAAUUCCCAUGAUUAAAUGUAGACUGAACAAUUUAUAUUGACACUAGGUCUGGAACUAUGGUUUGUUAAAUGCUCCUGAUUUUUAGGCCUCAGGCCUCAGCCCUCCUCAUCCCUGAAACCCGAUGGGGUGUGUGUUCUCCAACUCUGAGUGCUUGAAGUGAUUAAAGUUGGAGAUGACAGUUACCUUCUAUCACUUCUGACCACUGAAAUUCAUUAGCAGCACAUCCAUGUAACUCAGUAUCAAACCUUGUUUAAUAAACUCUUGUGAAGUGCCUUGGAACGUACAGCAAUGUUAAGGAUACUAUGAAAAGUGAACAUUGACAUUUCUGUGGACUGUAAAGGCUUGAAUAAAGUUUCCAGGAUGGAUUACAUUUGCCCUACUGCAGCACAACAUUGUGUUGGAGUCUCAACUAUUCACUUAUACUUUAUGGCUUGGGUGUAUUAUGUCACAUGGGUACAAAGAGAAACUAAAAAUAAAAUGUAAAGAACACAAAAUGUGUGAGCUUCAUUUAAACGGAUUGUUGCAGAGAACAUACAGGCACUUCAGCCCCAAUGUUGUGUUGAACCUUUAAUUUACAUCAAGAUC